UCGUUGGUGCUCAGUUAAUCGAUUCUCCAGCACUGCUGUCGGACGUUUGCUUCAGGACGUCAGGAAAAUGUUGCCCGAAAUGAUGACCUUUUUGUUAGUAGCCACUUGCGUCAGUUCAAACACUUGGUCGCAGCAGGUUGAAAAGAAGAGUGAAGAGGUCCUCCUAGACGGUCUUCUCCCAGAAGAGGAAGUGGACUGCUUCGGGAAAAAAUGUCUGUCCAGCGACCAGUGCUGCAGAGGAUCAGUCUGUGUGGACGUGGACGGCUCCAAGCCGGGCACGUGCCUACCCAUUUACGGUCAGAGGGAGGGAGAACAGUGCCAGCGGGACUCGGACUGCGAGCAAGGACUGCGCUGCCUCGCUUCCACAGGACGGGCACGCAUCUGCAAGCUGAGGGAGCUCAGAAAGAAACAAUUCAACGACGAAUGCCAGUCAAGUGACGAGUGCGACAAAUCCAAAGGUCUUUGCUGCCAACUGCAGAGGAGACACCGUAUGGCACCGCGCAAGGUGUGCUACUAUUUUGCUGAUCCCAAGGCGUGCAUCGGCAGCGUAGCCGAUUACCGACCGUCGCUCUACAGGCCAUACAAAUCCUUGAGUUUCUUCCACAACCCCCUUUUCAAGGCACGCAUGGGUUAACACCUCCUUAUGGCAGUCAUUACCAAUAUAGAUGCGACCACAGUGCUCUUUUAACGUUACUUUGGUGAUGUGACGACCAACGAGUUAAAUAAAAUCAGGGAAUGAGAGGUCCAUGCGGUAUGACAAUCAUCCAAUUUUCGUGCUGUGAUCGCUCAACAUGACAAUCUUCUUAACGUACUAGAUGUACUUGUUAUUUUUUGACCGUCUAUCUUCCGUGUAUACUGCUGUACAAAAUGUUUCAAAUAAAAUCUGUAUACCUGUC